CCGAUCCAGAAGCACAUCGCUGGAACGCUUUUCUUUCGCAGAGCAUCUCAUCACGGAGGCGUUUACGGCAGGGGACUGCGAAAGGAGGCCAUGGCCUCCUGGUUCAGCUGGAGCGAGCCGUACCACCGCAGCCCCCGCAAGGACCCGGCCGUCGUGGUCACCGACACGCUGAUGGUGGAGCUGGGCUGGCAGCUGAAGGAGGCGGAGAGGCAGCAGAGAGAGAGGGAGAACGAGUACCGCCGCCUCAAGACCGGCGUGGACUACAGCUGGCUGGCGAGCACGCCGCGCUCGUCCUACAGCCUCAGCACCGGGGAGAGGCUGGGCCUGGAGGACCUCUGCUCCAAGGUGCCGCCAUCUUGCUGUGGACUGGUCAUACUCAAGUUCCGUGAUGCCAUCCGAGCCGGCGAGCCCGAGGUCCAGGAGGUGUCCGGCGUCUUCCGCUCGGUCCUCCUGGAGGCCGUGGACCAAAUGAAGGAGGAGCAGGAAGCCCAGCGGCUCGCCCGCCAAUGGAACAACAAACGCGCCACGAGCAUGUCCCUGGUCAACUUCCGGUCUCGCAUCAGGAUCAACCCGUUCGGCAGCACGGCGGGCCUGACGGCGGCCGACGGGGCCGGCUUGAGCGACCUGAAGACGGUGUCGGAGGACGUGGAAAGGUGCACGGAGAAAGGGGAGAGGGUGUGGAGCAUGCCGGACUUCCGGUACAAAGGCAGUAAACUGGUGUGAUGUGUCUUCUCCUGCAGCCAUGUCCGAUACUUAGAGACACGUUUAUGCAAAGCGGGGAUGCUUCACUCCGGUCGAAAUGCCCACGUAACUAAAAAUACACGGUUGUAGACGAGCACAAUGUAUCUACUGGAUGUUCUCAUGCAUUGCAAUGAGGGGUGCAAAACUUUUCUACGGCAAUAAAAUUAGUUUAAAAUGUAAA